AUGUCGUCGUUCCCCGAGCUGUAUUUUAACGUGGAUAACGGCUACCUGGAGGGCUUGGUGCGGGGUUUUAAGGCUGGUGUGUUGCGGCAGGGGGGGUUUUGCAAUCUUGGAAUGAAUCCUUCUUUUUCAGACUUGAAACUGCACCUCCAGAGCACAGACUAUGGGAACUUCCUGGCCAACGAAGCCUCCCCGCUCACCGUCUCCGUCAUAGACGACAAGCUGAAGGAGAAGAUGGUGGUGGAGUUCCGUCACAUGAGGAACCACGCAUAUGAGCCCCUAGCAAGUUUUCUGGACUUCAUCACGUACAGCUACAUGAUCGACAACGUCAUUCUGCUGAUCACUGGGACUCUGCACCAGCGUUCCAUCUCUGAACUGGUGCCCAAGUGCCAUCCUCUGGGAAGUUUUGAGCAGAUGGAAGCCGUGAACAUUGCUCAGACGCCUGCAGAGCUCUACAAUGCAAUCCUGGUGGACACUCCCCUGGCUGCUUUCUUCCAAGACUGCAUAUCUGAACAGGACCUGGAUGAAAUGAACAUUGAAAUAAUUCGAAACACGCUCUAUAAGGCCUAUCUGGAGUCCUUCUACAAGUUCUGCAAGGUGCUGGGAGGUACCACGGCUGAUGCCAUGUGCCCGAUCCUGGAGGUAGGUCUGGACCGGCGGGCCUUCAUCAUCACCAUCAACUCAUUUGGUACGGAGCUGUCCAAGGAGGACCGAGCAAAGCUGUUCCCACACUGUGGCAAGCUCUACCCCGAGGGCCUGGCCCAGCUGGCCAGAGCAGAUGACUAUGAACAAGUCAAAAAUGUUGCUGAUUACUACCCUGAGUACAAGCUGCUGUUUGAAGGGGCUGGCAGCAACCCUGGAGACAAGACCCUUGAAGACAGGUUCUUUGAGCAUGAGGUGAAGCUGAACAAGCUGGCCUUCCUCAACCAGUUCCACUUCGGAGUCUUCUACGCCUUCGUGAAGCUGAAGGAGCAGGAGUGCCGCAACAUCGUGUGGAUCGCAGAGUGCAUCGCCCAGCGCCACAGGACCAAGAUCGACAACUACAUUCCCAUCUUCUAACCCUGUUCCUCUCCAAUCCUCCCGCCCCUGGAGUCCGGAGGGACCCCUGUCUAACUCCCUGAGUUAUCCCUUGCCCAGACUCCAGGGAUGUCCCGUCUGUGGAACUGGCUCAGAUGAGGAGACUGUACAGUUCCUAGUUAAGUUAUUCACAAGCUGAAGUUUUGAGUUGUGUGUGCUGCGAGGGGCCCGGAGGGGCCGGUGCCGCAGGCUCGGCCCUGCGUAGCAGGAGGAAGGAACGCCUCCUGUUGUGUGUCUGACGUUCCUCGCGUUACUGUACUAACCUGCUCUGUGCGCUUGUGCUCGCAGAACAAGCACCAGCGGGGCGGUUGCAGCCUCUGGGGGGUUCUCUCCGCCGCGGAGGAGCACGCCGGGUCUGCCACGG